GUGCGCUUGCGCACUUGCAAUAUCGCGCGGACGCUCGAGCACUGAGAUGAAGCGUGUUUUCUCACUAUUAGAAAAGACUUGGCUUGGCACACCAAUACAGUUCACCUGGCAAAAAACAUCAGGAAACUACCUUGCAGUAACAGGAGCUGAUCAUACUGUAAAAAUCUUUGAUCGCCAUGGUCAAAAAAGAAGUGAAAUUAACUUACCUGGGAAUUGUGUUGCUAUGGAUUGGGAUAAAGAUGGAGAUAUCCUAGCAGUGAUUGCUGAGAAGUCUAGUUGCAUUUAUCUAUGGGAUGCCAACACAAAUAAGACCAGCCAACUAGACAGUGGCAUGAGGGAUCAAAUGUCUUUCCUUCUUUGGUCAAAAAUCGGAAGUUUUCUGGCUGUUGGAACUGUUAAAGGAAAUUUGCUUAUUUAUAAUCGCCAGACAUCUCGAAAGAUUCCUGUCCUUGGAAAACAUACCAAGAAAAUCACAUGUGGAUGUUGGAAUGCAGAAAACCUGCUUGCAUUAGGUGGUGAAGAUAAAAUGAUUACAGUUAGUAAUCAGGAAGGUGACACAAUAAGACAGACUCCAGUGAGAUCGGAUCCUAGUGAUAUGCAAUUUUCCAUGAUGAAGACUGAUGACCGAACCUCUGCUACUGAAAGCACAAUUAGUGUGGUAGUUGGCAAGAAAACUUUGUUUCUUUUUAAUCUGAAUGAACCAGAUAGCCCAAUUGAUCUAGAAUUUCAGCAGCGCUAUGGCACCAUCAUCUGCUAUAGUUGGUAUGGUGAUGGCUACAUCAUGAUUGGUUUUUCACGUGGAAUAUUUGUGGUCAUUUCUACUCAUAUUCGAGAGAUUGGUCAAGAAAUAUUUCAGGCUCGAGACCAUAAAGAUAAUCUAACCAGUAUUGCUAUAUCACAGACUCUUAACAAAGCUGCAACAUGUGGAGAUAACUGCAUUAAAAUCCAUGACCUGGCAGAAUUAAAAGACAUGUAUGCCAUAAUCAACCUGGACGAUGAAAAUAAAGGGUUGAGCACCUUGUCCUGGACAGAUGAUGGCCAGUUGUUGGCAUUGUCUACCCAGAGGGGCUCACUCCACGUUUUCCUGACCAAGCUUCCCAUACUCGGGGACACCUGCAGCACAAGGAUUGCAUAUCUUACUUCCCUCCUUGAAGUCACCGUAGCCAACCCUGUUGAAGGAGAGCUACCAAUCACAGUUUCUGUUGAUGUGGAACCCAACUUUGUGGCAGUAGGUCUUUACCAUCUGGCUGUGGGGAUGAAUAAUCGAGCUUGGUUUUAUGUUCUUGGAGAGAAUGGAGUGAAAAAAUUGAAAGACGUGGAAUACUUGGGAACAGUAGCCAAUAUUUGCCUUCAUUCUGACUAUGCGGCUGCACUUUUUGAAGGCAAAGUCCAGUUACAUUUGAUAGAAAGUGAAAUUUUGGAUGCUCAGGAAGAACGUGAGACUCGACUUUUCCCGGCAGUGGAUGAUACGUGCCGCAUUUUAUGUCAUGCCUUAACUGGUGAUUUCCUCAUCUAUGGGACGGAUACUGGUGUCAUUCAGUAUUUCUACAUUGAGGACUGGCAAUUCGUUAAUGAUUAUCGACAUCCGGUCAGUGUGAAAAAGAUUUUCCCUGACCCAAAUGGGACCAGAUUAGUUUUCAUUGAUGAAAAGAGUGAUGGAUUUGUCUAUUGUCCAGUUAACGACGCUACUUAUGAGAUUCCAGAUUUUUCACCAACCAUUAAAGGUGUUCUUUGGGAAAACUGGCCAAUGGAUAAAGGUGUAUUUAUUGCUUACGAUGAUGAUAAGGUGUACACUUAUGUCUUUCACAAGGACACCAUACAAGGAUCCAAGGUCAUUUUGGCUGGUGGAACCAAAGUUCCCUUCUCUCAUAAACCUUUGCUGCUGUAUAAUGGAGAGUUGACCUGCCAGACACAGAGUGGAAAAAUAAACAACAUCUACCUUAGCACCCACAGCUUCCUUGGCAGUUUAAAGGAUGUGGGGCCUAAUGAACUGAAACAAAUGCUGGCACAGACUUUAAUGCUAAAAAGGUUUUCUGAUGCCUGGGAAAUGUGCAGGAUUCUGAAUGAUGAGGCUGCCUGGAAUGAGUUGGCCAUAGCUUGUCUACAUCACAUGGAAGUGGAAUUUGCAAUACGCGUUUAUCGGUCAAUUGUAAAUGUUGGCAUGGUGAUGUCCUUGGAGCAAAUAAAGGGAAUAGAGGACCACAACCUUUUGGCAGGACAUCUCGCCAUGUUUACUAAUGAUUUCAACCUGGCUCAGGACCUGUACCUGGCAUCCAGCUGUCCUGUUGCUGCCCUGGAGAUGAGAAGGGAUUUACAGCAUUGGGACAGUGCUCUACAAUUGGCAAAGCGUUUGGCCCCAGAUCAAAUUCCAUUUAUAUCAAAAGAAUAUGCUAUUCAGCUUGAAUUCAUGGGUGAUUAUGUAAAUGCUUUGGCUCAUUAUGAGAAAGGAAUAACAGGUGAUAACAAGGAGCAUAAUGAAGUGUGUCUGGCUGGAGUGGCCCAGAUGUCCAUUAGAAUGGGAGACAUUCGCCGAGGGGUUAACCAAGCCCUCAAGCAUCCCAGCAGGGUCCUUAAAAGAGACUGUGGAGCCAUAUUAGAGAAUAUGAAGCAAUUUUCAGAAGCAGCUCAACUGUAUGAGAAAGGCCUCUACUAUGACAAAGCAGCAUCUGUUUACAUCCGCUGUAAGAAUUGGGCAAAAGUGGGUGAGCUUCUGCCUCAUGUUUCUUCUCCUAAGAUUCACUUGCAGUAUGCCAAAGCUAAAGAAGCAGAUGGAAGAUACAAAGAAGCUGUGGUGGCUUAUGAGAAUGCAAAACAAUGGAACAGUGUAAUCCGUAUCUAUCUGGACCACCUCAACAAUCCCGAAAAAGCUGUCAAUAUUGUCAGAGAGACCCAAUCUUUGGAUGGGGCCAAAAUGGUAGCCAGGUUUUUCCUACAGUUAGGUGACUAUGGUUCUGCUAUCCAGUUUCUUGUCAUGUCCAAAUGUAAUAAUGAAGCUUUCACCCUGGCUCAGCAGCACAACAAAAUGGAAAUCUAUGCAGACAUUAUUGGUUCUGAAGGCACUACUAAUGAAGACUAUCAAAGCAUUGCCUUAUACUUCGAAGGAGAAAAAAAACAUUUUCAGGCUGGAAAGUUCUUCUUGCUCUGUGGCCAAUAUUCACGAGCUCUUAAACAUUUCUUAAAAUGCCCAAGCUCAGAAGAUAGCGUGGCAAUAGAAAUGGCAAUCGAAACUGUUGGUCAGGCAAAAGAUGAACUGCUUACCAGUCAAUUGAUUGACCACCUUAUGGGGGAGAGUGAUGGCAUGCCUAAGGACGCCAAGUAUCUGUUCCGCUUGUACAUGGCUCUGAAACAGUACCGAGAAGCUGCCCAGACUGCCAUUAUAAUUGCCAGGGAAGAGCAGUCUUCAGGAAACUAUCGGAAUGCACAUGAUGUUCUCUUCAGUAUGUAUGCAGAACUUAAAUCCCAGAAAAUCAAAAUUCCCUCUGAAAUGGCCACCAACCUCAUGAUUCUGCACAGUUAUAUACUAGUGAAGAUUCAUGUUAAAAAUAGAGACCACAUGAAAGGGGCACGUAUGCUUAUUCGAGUGGCCAACAACAUCAGCAAAUUUCCAUCACACAUUGUGCCGAUCCUGACAUCGACAGUGAUCGAGUGUCACAGAGCAGGCCUGAAGAACUCUGCUUUCAGCUUCGCGGCUAUGUUGAUGAGGCCUGAGUACCGCAGUAAGAUAGAUGUGAAAUACAAAAAGAAGAUUGAAGCAAUGGUCAGGAGGCCCGAUACAUCCGAGACAGAAGAGGUCACGACACCUUGUCCAUUCUGUGAAUUUCUUCUCCCAGAGUGUGAACUCCUCUGCCCUGGAUGUAAAAAUAACAUCCCAUAUUGCAUCGCAACGGGUCGACAUAUGUUAAAAGAUGAUUGGACAGUGUGCCCACAUUGUGAUUUCCCUGCCCUGUACUCAGAAUUUAAGAUCAUGUUAAACACGGAAAGCACAUGUCCUAUGUGUUCAGAAAGAUUAAACUUUGCUCAACUGAAAAAGAUUUCAGACAGUACUCAGUACCUGCAAACAGAAGUAGAGCAGUGAGUAGCAUGUGCAGGAAGACUCUGCUUUCUGCAAAUCUGAGAAAACCACAGGAAAUGUUCCUGCAGAGUCAAAAGGUUGUUCACACUGGCCAGGGGAAGGCUAACAAUCUCUGAUCUGUUGAGAACUAGAAAGUUAUCAUGAAAUUACUAUUUUUCUUUCUCUCUUAAAUGCUAUCACUUCUGUCUUAAAGAAGACAAAAAAUAUCUGAACAAAACAGUAUUUCAAAUGCCAUCACCUAAAUCUUUCCAACCCAGCCACCUCUAUCAUUAGCCAGGAAUUAUAGAUAUGCAUACUUUAAACAGACUCAAAAACUGUUGGUAACAGAACCCAUAUUAGCGUCAAAAAAGAAAUGAAAAGUCCCUUUAAAAACUACUUACUUGGUCCCUCCUACCUACAGGUAGGUGAAUGCAUGAAUCACAGAAGCCAGUUAGUUCUUCUCCUGAUCGGAAAGUCUAUAAACCCUGCCACCACAACUGCUUCACUAGCUCGGCAAAAAAAACUCUAUUUUAUCUUCACCCAUUUCCUCUAGAUUCGGUCUUCCAAAGUCAAGCAUGUUAGUCUAUUUAGAGGAAUGUAUGAACCCCUAAGCCACAAUGCCCCCAAAAAUCAUAUUAAACAAUCUCCCAAAUUGUUCUCAAUUUAUUACUUUCUAGUUGACACUAGAAAAAUCUAAAGAUAUCUAAUAUACUUAAAUCAAGGGUUCUUAACCUCAGGAAUCCCCCUGAAAUUGUGCAAUUUAUGCAUAUAUGUAUUUUUCUGGGAAUAAAGAGCAAAGUUUUCAGAUUCUCAAAGGCAUGUACCCCCACCCCCAAGGUUAAAAACCUAUAAUAAAACCUAACUUCCAUUUUUUUAAAGAUGAAAAGAAACUGAGGCCUCUAGAAGAUCAGUGACUUGAUCAAGUUUAAGAAGUUAAGUAGGCAGGUCUUAAUUUACUUUAAAAAUUGUGAAACUCAAUAACCAAAGGUCCUUGAAAAUAAUGUCUUGCAGAGAUUCACUCAAGAAACAUUUUUUGAGCACUUUCAUUUUCUAGAUGAGUAAGCCUCAUUUCUACCCCUAGAAAUGUUCAGUCUAAUGGGGGAAGAGGACAGAUAUACAAAAAGACAGACGUAAGACAUGAAGUUCAGUGUUCAAAAUCUACCUGGAGAAUACUGGGAAUAGCAAAGAGGGAUGCCCCUUGGGCCGAGUGAUGAUGACCAUCAAAAAACAGAGGGCAGGGAGUAGGAAAAGAGCUGAGAGACUGGCCCUCAGCUUGACAAAUGAAAAGAGCAGUAAGGAACAGAACCAGUAAAUUAUAAUGGCCUGAAAAGGAGCUAAGAGAUGCAAAAGGUGGGCAAGGGCAGGAAAGGAGGAACAAAAUGGUGGGAUG